AUGGUGUUUGCGGUUUGCAAUGGUGCGUUGCUGGAGGACAAGCAGCGGCUGAUCAAGCAUUUGCAGGAGCAGGCUUACGUGGAGCUCUUUGCCUCUCCCAUCGCCGGGGUGGGGGUCCGCGCCUUCCGGCCGAUCCCAAAGGGAGUGGAUCCCUUCCCCAUUUGCAAUAUGCACAUGGUCAAGUCCUUCUUUGCUGCAUUGACUGAAGAUGAUGGCUGGACACCGCAGACCAAUCGGAAGGGUGAGAUCAUCUAUGGCGUGCUUUCGACUGGCAUGAACAAUUUGAACCUAUCUUGGUAUUUAAACCACUCCGAUGAUCCAAAUAUCGAGUUUCAAGAUGCCUGGGUCCAAGCGACACUUGCAGUGUAA